GAGGAGGUCCUCCACAAGUCUGCGGAUGAACUUUCUGCGAAGACGGGACGUUUUAAAAGGAAGAUUGUCAAGAAGCCUCAGGUUUACAGGAAUCUUGAAAUCAUUUUCAAUCGGGGUUUUGUGAAGAACAAAUGGGGUGGACGAUUCGUUGAACAAAACAACGAAAAUUUUUCCGUUAAAAAACAUUCAGUAAGAUCAAGUCGUAUCAGAAGAGAAAACGUACUAGGCACCCUAGACGUUCUGGAACAAGCUGCCAAGUACUACUCGUGCUUCUUGGAUCAAAGCAGCCAACAAAUGCUUUUCAAAUUGUUCUCCCACGUGACCCUCACCCAUGCAAGAGGUUUGGUCAUGAUCGUUUCAGCCUACGAGAUCCUGGCCAAGUCUGGAUUAGGAAGGUUCGAAACAGAAAUGGCAGCAGCACGGAAGCUCUAUGACCACUUUAUCUAUAGCCUCACCAAGACAGCUCUGAAGUGCACAUCUCGUGCCUCGAACUCCUUCUCUCGAUGUGAUCCAGUAAACCACAAGCUCGGGGAGACAUACGAAAUGUUCACUGAACUUCUUCAGGGCCACUUGGAGCUUGAGAGUGACAUGAACGAACGGAUGUCAUGUUCGCAAAAUUGCGCGCACUAUACGACUGCUGAAGCUAUGCACUGCUUCUCGCCAACACAACAGAUCUGUGGGACCCAGAAAAGAUGUCACGGCACCCUGCGUGACUGUCAGUAA